AUGUUCGUUGGAUGAGACGUAUAUGCGAAGUUUGUCUAGUUGCGUAUUAAAAACCAUUUUUUAUAAAUCGUUGAAUGGUGUAGAUUACUGUGCUAAUUUUCAGGAUUUCUAGCGGAAUAAACAUUUUUUUGAAAAGUGUAUCGCCGGACGUGUAAAAUUGGCAUUGUCAGUUGCCGAAAAUAAGAUAAAGAAAAGAAAGUGCAGAUUCUUUCGGAAAAGCACAAACAAUGCCCUCGCCCCAGCUGGAUGCCAGUCUGGUGGAGAAGGCCAUCGGAUUCCAUGGGUUACCAUUACAAAAAAUCUGGGAAGGCGAACGGGGAGAUGCCGACUUGCCCAGCCUUGGAAUUAUUAAUCCGGACUAUGCGAUCUAUCAGUCACGCCAGAAGACGCUCACCUUUCACGACCGUGCCAAACGAUUCAAAUUGCACCAGUUUAUUUCAAAGAAGGCCGAUAUCCUGUAUAGUAGUGCAUUAACGGAAACUAUGAUACGAGAUCGCAUAGAACGAAAACGUGUCGGAGAAUUUCAGCAAUAUGAAAAGUUUAUCAUACCACCGCUCGACGCGUUUAUGGAUUCGGAUGUAAAUGACAAAAUUACCCACUUUUUAGAGACCACGAUGCCAGGCGAUGUCGUGUAUGGAGUCGUACUCAAUAGAUCCCCACAAGGAGUAAUAUUCAAAGUGCUUUAUUCGCUUGGGAAUACCUGUUGUUUCAUCAAUACCAGCUCGAUUAAGGCGUACGUGGCCAAUAAUUAUUUGAUACCAAUAACCGAUCGCAAUGGUGCCCCGAGGAAUUUCACUGCCAACGAUUUGAUUUGCUGUGAAGUGGCCGAUGCGCAACCGGACGCAAGAAAACUUAUUUGCACUAUGCAGCGUAGCAUCCUCAGUCGUUCGCCGGGUUCAAUAAAUUAUGGAGUUAUCACGGCGGAGGAUUUACCGUUGGCAUACAAUUUUGCAGCAGCGAAGGAGGGAAAACCAUACGAAUACUAUUUGCGGAAAUCACCUUCCUUCAAUGAUCCCCGUGGAGUGGAAACAUUGAUGCAAGAGUUGGGUCUCAGUGGAAGCGAGUUCUAUUCCAACAUGUCUGGUUUGAAGGGGAAAUUUCCCCAGGCCGAAUACGCAGGUGAACUACGGAACACUCAAGCCAGCAAGUGGGCCUUCAGGUCCGUUGCGGAAGGUAUUGAGCAUUUUAAGGAAGGACGUCAUUCGGAGGCGUUCCAGUGCUUAAACAAGGCGCUUAGCAUAGAUGCGCGAAAUGUGGAAGGAUUGGUGGCCCGCGGGGCAUUAUACGCAAACAGUGGUUCGUUUAAGAAAGCCGUUGAUGAUUUUGAGAUGGCACUAAAAAUCAAUUCGUCCCAUGCUAAUGCGCGGAAGUACAUGGGCGAGACAUUGGUUGCACUGGGUAGAAGCUACGAGGAAGACAACCGUCUAGACGAGGCUAAGAAAGCAUACCAGGACUGUUUGAAUAUUAUUCCUCACCACGAGGAAGCACAGAAUUCGCUGGAGUUUAUCAAAACGAAGACGUUCUCCAAACAAAUUGUGGCACCCAACGAGUUGGAACUGCCAGUUUUGAACAUCCCCAAACCGACGCAUCACGAUCGUAGUAAGCAAUCAAAUACAACCAGCAAGCAGGAACCGGACACGUCCGGUGUCAGUGGAUUGAAACGCGAUGGAUCGGAAUCCCGGAAGGACAAGAAGAACGUCAAGAAACAGGAGAAGAAGAAGCGCCACAAGAAACAACAAAGCAGCUCGAGCGAGUCCAGUGAAAACUCUUCCGGUUCGAGUGAUUCGAGCAGCGGUUCGGAAAGCAGCAGCAGCAACUCUUCGUCAAGUUCAGAUUCGUCAAGAUCGUCUCGGACAAAAAAGCGUAACAAGCGGAGCAAAAGUGUGAAGAAGCUGAAGUCGCUUUCUCCACUCAGCAAACGUAUGGCGGCAGGGAUGGGCAACGAUAGUCGUGCCACCGAUGGAUUGUUUGUGUUUGGCAAUCACUCUGCAGCAACAGGGCAGGCGUCCGCUGGGGCGGACGAGUAUGAACAGAAGGUUCGUAAAUUUCUCGAUAUACCUCGUGAUGAGGAUAACUACGAAGAGAAGGUACGCCGAUUUGUAGCAGAAGCUGCAAAGUAUCAAAAGGAGCGAAAGGCGCAAGAGGACAAGACAAAGAAGAAAAAGAAGAAGGAUGACAAGAAGGCUAAAAAGGACAGCAGAAAGAAGCGCAAAUCUGAGGACAAGAAAAAAUCGAAGAAAAAGGAUAAAGAUGACGAUGUAUUGAACAAUGACAAGCUUAAGGAAGCACUAAAAAUCUUCGAAAACUUCCCCGUUCUCGAUGAACUCGGCUCGAAGUUAUCCGAAUAUUAUUCAAAAAAAGAAAACGCUGGUGCGGCUGGUCCUAGUGGUAUAGCGAGCGUUGUGUCAUCAUUGCUGAGCAAAAGCUCUAAGAAAGAAUCGUUGAAGAUGGACAAAUCGAUAGAACCUAAAGUUAUGAUGAAGCCAAUCGAACGCCAGGAAAAAGACGGUAAGUGGCGCAUGUUGUUCAACAAAGAUGAAAGAUCCACCAAGGAGCCUCCGCCUCAGGCAAGACCUGCCGUCCCAAAGCAGUAUGCAUUUUCGAAUGAAUCGGACGAGGAAAGUGGUGCACUUGGAGUGUUUCAGAUGCAACAACACCAGCAACAUUUACAACAAAAGUCCAAUCAGAGAAUAGUUCGUUACGAAGAAAAGAACAGACGCCCACAACAAAGUCAGGAAAAGCAAAAAACUUCCGUGUCACAAAUGGCUCCAGUCAAAUCUGGCCCAGUUGUGCUGGAUAAGUUUGGCAAUUUCAGAUUGGCAAACGCCGAUGAUGCCAAACCGCCGGAACCUACCGGGCCGCCGCGUCGAUCGCGAAGCAGAUCACGUGGACGUCGGUAUGGCAGUUCAAGUCGAUCACGAUCACAAAGUUUAAAACGUCGAUCCCGUUCGGGAAGUUUCCGGCGUCGCUUCAGCCGUUCAAGAUCAGGUUCUUUCAGUCGGUCUCGAUCACGGUCUUACUCACGAAGUCGAUCUCGUUCACCUAGUUUCGAGCGACGUCGAUUUAUUGAAAAUCGCCGCGUUUUUCGUGGACGAGGUCAUUUUUAUGAUCGUCCUUACAAUAAUCGUUUUAACAAUUAUCACCACAGGGGUGGUUUCAUGAAUCGCCGAGGUGGUUUUCAAAAUUUCCGAGAUAAUUAUAAUCGUGGUGGGUAUCGUGAUCGACCUUUCCGGCCUCGGUUCCGCGGUGGUGGUGGACAUUAUAGGUUCCAGCAGCGAUCGUACAGCCGCAGUGACAGUAAGUCUCCGGAUCGCAUUCCAGCAAGCCCGAACAAUCGCCGUCGGGCAGACAGAGAUCGCUCACGUUCCAAUAGCAAUGAUAACGGGCGAUCAAGUGAGCGUGACUCUCCAAAACCUAAGGAACGCGAAUUUUCAAAGACGAAAGAUAAGAGAGAAGACAAAUCUAGCGCAGAACCGGAAACGAGUCGUUCGCUGCAGGGGACCGAUCAAGAACGAUGGUCAGAUACCGAAAAAGAUCCUCCUCCACCUGGAGCAGAAGAAGCCGCCCUUGCUGAUUUGCAACGAAUAAUGGAAAAAGCUCGCAAAGAUAGGAAAGACGAAACUGCGAAGAAAUCAAAUGACUCAUAAAUUCUAUAGAUUUUAAUGUUUUUAACAUUUGGAAUGAUUCACACAAAAGCAUACGCAUUGAAAUAAAAACUAUUACGCAUAUUA